ACCACUUAAACACCACGCAAAUAAGAUUAACUUCAUCAAGUCGAAAACUAAAACAUUAUACCUGACCUUACCAAAAUGAUGAAGAGAAACGAGUUGGUUUUCAUUCCAGUGCCCGGAAAAAGCCACUUGGCUCCGUCAGUAGAGUUUGCACAUGAGUUACUAAGAAAAGAUGAUCGAUUUUCUGUAACUUUUCUUCUCAUAAAUUCUUCAUUUGAUAUGAGUCCUAUUCCAAUGCCGGUCAGUUCUAAUCCCCACAUUCAGUUCCUUCGUGUUCCUCAACCUCAAUCCUCACAACUUCCCUCACGAGACCUAAUGAAAGACUCCUUUGUAAACUACACAAUUCUUUAUAUUAAGAGUCACGCUACUCAAAUCAAAGAUAUCAUAGCCAACCGCUUCUCCACCCCAUCCUCUAAUCACUUCUCCGGAUUGAUCGUCGACACUUUCUGCGCCGAAAUCAUCGACGUUGCCGUUGAACUUGGUGUUCCCUCGUACUUAUUCUUCACCAGCGGCGCCGCCAUUCUGGGUUUAUUGCUAUACCUCAACAGCAAUACGGACAAGCUUGAUGGUUCUGAGUCAGAUGUCGACCACCACAUACCAAGCUAUCUCAACCCAGUUCCGACGAACGUUUUACCUACCUCUUUUACGGACAAGGAAGAUAUGAUGAAGACUCAAGGCAAUAACAUAAGGAAAACCAAGGGUAUAAUAGUGAACACAGUACUGGAGUUAGAAACUCAUGCGGUUCAAUCACUUUCCGACGGAGUAAUUCCACCUCUUUAUACCGUUGGUCCACUUUUGGACAUUAAGGGUAAGGUUAACGGUAGACAAUCAGAUCGUGACCAGAUCAUGAAGUGGCUUGACGAUCAGCCGCCCAAGUCCGUGGUGUUGCUCUGUUUCGGCAACUAUGGUGCUUUCAGUACAACUCAGCUGAAAGAGAUCGCCAUUGGGCUCGAGCGCAGCGGUCAGAGGUUCUUGUGGUCCGUACGGAAAUCCCAGUCAGAUGGCACAACUGAAGAUUACGAAAAUCCCAAUGAAGCUCUGCCAGAAGGAUUCCUGGAGAGGACGAAGGAAGUGGGAAGGGUAUGUGGUUGGGCUCCACAAGUGGAGGUCCUAGCACACCCGGCUACCGGAGGUUUCGUGUCUCACUGUGGAUGGAAUUCUAUACUGGAGAGUUUGUUGUUCGGAGUGCCGAUUGUGACGUGGCCAAUGUACGCAGAGCAGAAUAUCAACGCGUUUCAGUUGGUGAGGGAUUUGGAGUUGGGUGUAGAACUUACAUUGGAUUUUAGAAGGGACAGUGGUGAUAUUGUAAUAACUGCUGAGGAAGUAGAGAGAUCUUUAAGAUGCUUGUUUAACAGUGGUGAAGGUAGUUUAGUAAGGAAAAAAGUAGAGGAGAUGAGUGAUAAGUUUAGGAAGGCUGUGUCGAAAGGUGGGUCUUCUUACGAGUCAUUUAGAUGUUUCGUGGAGGAUGUUUUGGCCAAUGUUGAACUUCAAAAUUAGUGUUAAGCAGAAACCAAUUGAGCUGUACUUUCGUAGUAAUUAAAAUAUAGUUGUAUAUCAUAUUCAUAUGUUCUGUUGUAGUGAUGUAUGUUUAAUUUUCAUGGCAUAAUUAUAGCGGUAAUAUUAUUAUA